ACAUAUUCCGAAGGCGGGGCGUUUGGAGAUGAAAUUGAUGGUGUACGAUCUUAUAGUCUUCAAGAUAAACUUGACUCAACAAGUUAUACAGAUUCCUAUUUCGUUAAGCGGAUGGAGGGAAAAGAUUUGACCAUUUCCUACUUACAAAAAUAUGGUUUUACAAUACCAUUGUUGUUUAAUGAUAAGGUAGGUCUCGGUUUACGCGUUCCUACUCCUAAUUUUUCUGUAAAUCGUAUUAUUACUUAUGUGGGUUCAAGAAGAAAACUAGAUGUAACUGAUGUAAAAACUCAAAAGAAGUUUAAAAUAAAUUUUAAGAGAUGGGGAAAAUAUUAUCAGGAACCAAUUAAAGACAAACUGUUAAAUGUAAAUCCACUCGAGUUCAGCAACACUAAGCUAGAAAAAUAUGUAAAAAGUCCCAAUAUUGUGCGAGAAUUGGAUUGGGUUGAUUGUGUUUGGCCCAGACAUUUUAAAGGAAGUCAAACAAAAUCAACUAAUGUAAAAUAUGGUGGUACGCCGUAUCCAAAGGUACAAAAGUUUUGUUUGAUGUCGGUUAAAGGCUGUUAUACAGAUUUUCACAUUGAUUUUGGUGGUGCAUCUGUCUGGAUUCAUAUAUUUAAAGGGAGCAAAGUGUUUUGGAUAGUUCCUCCUACGGAUGUAAACAUUAGUCUGUAUGAACAAUGGAUAUUGUCUGGCAAACAGGGUGACACAUUUUUCGGAGAUACUGUUAAAGAAUGUGGACGUGUAACAUUGAACGCAGGAGAUACAUUUUUCAUACCUACUGGUUGGAUUUAUGCUGUUUAUACUACUAAAGACUCUAUAGUAUUCGGAGGACACUUUUUACAUUCCUUUGGUAUUCAAGAACAACUACGUGUCGCAAAAGCUGAAGAGUCCACCAAUGUCCCUGAAAAGUUUAGGUAUCCCUUUUUUAUUGAAACGCUGUGGUAUGUUUUGGAACGUUAUGUUUACUGUGGUUUGGGUAUAUCUCAUUUAACUGAAAGUGUUGUACCUCCUCCAGCCCCAGUUGGAUAUAUUCAUUUUAGUUUACAGGAGAUUUAUGGUAUUUAUGAAAUAACAAGAUAUUUACAUGGUUUACCGUCUUAUGGAAAAAGAGUUCCUCCUUUUGUCAAGAAUCCUAGUGAAUUAAUAAAAUAUGGAUAUUCUGUUUAUAAUACACAUAUACAUGACCAACCUGAAGAUGUCAUAAGUGGAAAACUUAUUCUUCAAAUGCAAGGAGACAAAGAAAGAAAAAAAAGGUCUCAUAAUAGUGCUGGAGACAUGAAUAGUAAAAUGAAGAUCCGUAAAACAGGAAAUGCGAAUCCUUCGGGCUGUAGGAGAUCAUGUCAAUGCAAGAGACCAGAAUGUGCCAAAUGUUUUUUUGGCAUCAACAGGUGGUUGAUGCCAAAUUGA